AUGAUGAACAAGGACACCGCCGCUGCAGCUACUGUUGCCGCCGAAGCGAACAAGACAGUUGCCGAGGGGAUCGUUGCAAGCAAGAUCGCCAGGAAAGCACUUGGGAUAAUACAGGAGGAGACUACUCCAGUAAGAGAGAAUUCUCCUGAUAAAGCUACUAUCCACGAAUCCGCGAAACGAGACCAGGGGUCUUUAAACAACACUUACUGUGACGAGGAUACUCAGAAGUAA